UUGAGCAAAGCUAAGCAGGAGUGAGCGGCGGCAGAGCGGAGGUGACAGCGGAGAAUGGAGAGGAGCUCGUGCGGCCGGCGAGCUUUGAAGGCGCCCCGCGAGGACAACAAGCCACGCGCUGUUUUCCUUCUGGAGCACGCGCGCUGAGAGACACCGGGAGGCGCGCGCGCGCUGUGGCGGGGGGAGGGCAGGAAAGGAAUGGCUGAUCCUCUGCGGAGGACUUUACUAGCGAAACUCCGCGGGAAGAAAUCCAAGAAAAGAGCGACGGUCGGCGGACGCGGCUCUGCUUCGGCGGCGAACGUGAGCCGAGAAGGUAAAGAAAAAGUUUUGCAAAUGCAGCGACAGUCCGAGGCUCGUCCGGUUCCGGUAGUGCUGCUCGCCGAGAGAAUGAGCACGUACGAGAACUGUGCGGGCGGUGCGGUGUUCCACACUGCGGGGGUUUUAGUCCGGGAGGACCGCGGUCCUCGCGAGCGGAGUCGCGCGGACAGCGGGGGCGGGGCCCAGGUCAGCCGGGGGCUCCCACUUCAAAGGGAAGCGCACUUUGGGGGGGGCGAUAAGAGCCACCAGGGGCUCAUAUCCGGUGACAGAGUCAGGUUAUCCGCUCAAGUCCCAGUUGGACAUAGAAAACACUUUGUCUCUGUCCAGCGGCAGUGCAGCGGGGAUUCGAUCGGGUUUGGGGACAAUUCGAGUCACGUGUUGUUCUGUGCACGGGUAGAAUCGCAGAGUGGUACGAAGCAGGCAGAGGGUCUGGUUCCUGCUGAUGAGACAAUAAUGCACCCUCUCCAAGAUGGGCUCGAGACCCUUGACAGAGGACACCUUAAGGACAUGGCAGCUGCAAAUGAAUGCAACGCCAACUGCGUCCCCAGCAACUCCGAGGAGAACAUUUUAAUCAGAAAUAUUGAGAGUUAUGGCAGCUCGCCAGAGUGUAGCGGGGACAUGAGGGGUCUGCAGAGCCCGACCUUUUUCCCCACCAAGCUUGAAAUAUGUGACUUCAACAUUGCAUCCAUGUGCAGCAGAGAUGGAUCGCUUAGAUACCACUUAGAGAGUGAGGACGAUGACUACUAUGAUAAUGAAAUUCUGCCUUUUUAUGAAGCCAUCAGGGCAAAAAGUGAUAGAGUAGAGGCAGAGGAGCUGCCCCAAGCUGAGCAGGAAAAGACACCGGUUGAAGGCACUAUUAGUGCCCAGGAGACAGACAGGCUUAGGAACCAGCUGAAAGAGGCUUAUUGCCUUCUUAUUAAUGCCAUGAAUGAUAUCAACAUGGACGUCCAACAGAUUAGCGGUGGUUUAACCGAGCUGCAGGCUACCUCCUCCUGCAGUAGUCGGUCUCAGGAGAGCUUGUACUCAGCUAGAAAUAUGGACAGUGACUCUUGGUCCUCAGGGGGAGACCACAGCAACCAGCAGGUAUCCGACACUGACUCCCUAUUGCUUUCCAUCAGUGGGAACAUUGAUUCCAGCUUCGAAGGCAGGUGGAAGAGUAAAAGUAUGAGAAACCUGUACAUGUCAGAGACGAGACCCUCACUACAGCGGUCCAACAGCGAUGGAGCAAUCAGGUAUGCAGAUGCACCUUCUGGACCUGGAGCACGACAUCCAGAAGGCUGCACAGGUAAAAGUGCAAAGGAAGUAGAAGGAGGUAAUGAGGUUGAAGGAGGUGCUGUGUUAGAACCUCAGGUGUUUUAUGAUGCCACCAGCAGUGAUGAGCUGCUUCCAGACAUCAGGGGUGAUGAUGACCAACCGCUCAAUGAGAGCAGCGACUCGGUCAACAGCCUCACUGGUUCCUCAGACGGCAGUACUGACCAACCGGGAAGGCACUGUCUCAGCAGCAAGCAGGAGCUGGUCAUGGUUCAAACGCUGGAGGCCACCUCAGUUAACAAGGGCCAUGGUGUCACUGUCAACAAGAUGCAAGAGUGGAUGCACAAGGGCCGUUUAUUGUCUUCAGAGAUGAAGCAGCGCAUUGAGGGGUCUUUGUCGCCACUGCCCCGUGGUGGAGGCCAAAUCCAGGAGCAGUUCUAUCUUCAGGGUAAUCUUGGGGGGUGUAAUCCAGGAGCUCAGACAUCCAGCCAAGGGGUUCGAGCGGUUAAAUCUAACAAGACCAAGUCACCAAGUCCAAAUCAUGUUGGGAAGCCUGCUAUCAAGUUACCAGGGCAGCCUUCAGCACAGCAUCCAGCUUUCAUUGAGAAUGCCCAAAGCUCCUGCACUAAUAGCCGUGAGGCGGACAGAAUCAACGAACCACCAUCAUGGCGACCACCACUCAACACCAUCACUGUCUCCAAGAAACGCAACUGGCUACAGCAGAGUUCCCUCACUAAAACCAACUGCAUCAAGGAUGAGAUGCAGGGAGUAUUCUCAAGUGAAGAGGAGAGCAGUCAGAACUCCCAUCAGCUUGCCACGCCCCCCACGCCCACCUCAGAUCACGUGAAACCCUCUGGGGAAGUUCUACCACGGCCAGUUUGGCUGCAGCUUCCUCAGAUAAGCAUUGGUCAUGUCAGAGUGUCUCCACAGCCUUGCAGUUUGGAUCCAGCUGAAGAGAAUGAUGCAGAUGAUGAAGGAGAGAUCUGGUACAACCCAAUCCCUGAGGAUGAUGAACCAGACGUGUCUCGUCGACCUUCUGUUCGGUUGCUCCUGCCGUCUAGAGCUGAAGUCCAAGCUCCCCAAAGAAGGCCCAGUAGGAGAGUGAUUGUUGGUCAAGCUUGUAGAAUUAUAGACAGUUCUAGCACCUUGAGGCCAGAGGGUCUUGGGGAAAACCUUAUGGUUGGAAGCAUUUUUAGUGAUGGAAGUCAAGGGAAUGCCACAGAGACGCUACAUCUUCACAGACAGAUGAUCACAUGUAAACCCCAAGAGGAGGGAGGGCCUUAUUCCAGCAGAGCCACAGAUGGACCCGAGUUACCCAAUGCAGUUGGAUUCACCCCUCCCUCCAGUCCCAACCCUGCCAAGAAGAGCAGCUCUAUCAACUGGUCCUUCCCAGAUAAGAUCAAGUCCCCACGCACUGUUAGGAAAAUCUCCAUGAAGAUGAAGAAGCUCCCGGAACUUAGCCGCAAACUCAGCGUCAAGGGGAAUCCAAGUACCAGCAAUAAUACCAAUGGAAGCAGUCAGUUGGAGUCCAGAGCAAACUCUCCUAGAAACAACCCUAACAGUGCAGAGACUGCUCCCCAUCCCACAGGUCCUCCUCGGCUUUCUGCACCUGGAGGUGGACAGGCUAGUCGUAAUGUGAUCUCACGCUACCACUUGGACAGCAGUGUGUCCACACAGCACAGCUUCAGCAAGAAGAAGACUAAUGGCAGCUCAAAGUCUGCCAGUAAAGGUGGCUACCUUAGUGAUGGAGACUCCCCAGAACUGGUGGCCAAAUCUGGGAAACAUGGCUCAGCAGAAGGAAAAGGAGUAAAAAGCAAGGAGAUGUGGUCUGGAGGGUGUGUUGAGAGGAUGGGAGGAGGAGGAGGAAGCCCAAAACUCAACAGUACUGAGCUGGACAUCGAUGCAUUUCGGCAUUAUAGCUUCAUGGACCAGCCCAAGUGCAGCCAGUAUAUCUCUGGACUGAUGAGUCUCCACUUUUAUGGUGCUGAGGACCUCAAACCACCCCGCAUUGACUCGCGCGAUGUCUACUGUGCAAUCCAAGUGGACUCUGUUAACAAGGCACGAACUGCUCUCCUCACCUGCAGAACCACCUUCUUAGAUAUGGACCACACCUUCAACAUUGAGCUGGAGAAUGCUCAGCACCUGAAGUUGGUGGUGUUUAGCUGGGAACCCACACCAAGGCGCAAUCGCGUCUGUUGCCAUGGCACAGUGGUUCUGCCUGCGCUUUUCCGAGUCACACGUUCCCACCAGUUGGCUGUCAAACUGGAGCCACGGGGACUCAUCUAUGUCAAGCUGAACCUAAUGGAACAGUGGCAGAAUUCUCUGGAUGGGGGUUCCGAUGGAGACCGGGAGCUGCAGGUGUUUGGCGUAGAUGUGUGGCGGGUGGUGGACAGGGAGAACACGGGACUCAUGGUACCACUGCUUAUCAGCAAGUGCAUCACAGAGAUCGAGAAGAGAGGUUGCCAGGUGGUGGGUCUGUACCGUCUGUGUGGUUCUGCAGCUGUGAAGAAGGAGCUACGAGAAGCGUUUGAGAGAGACAGCCACACUGUGGAGCUGUGCGAAAAUACCUAUCCUGACAUCAACGUCAUCACAGGGGUACUGAAGGACUACCUGCGUGAGCUGCCGUACCCUCUGAUCACGAAGCAGCUGUAUGAGGCCGUGUUGGACUCCAUGGCUGCAAGGCCGUUGAGGAUUGGAGCAGGGGGUUGUGAGAACGAUCAGGCUGAUUCAGAGCACGCCAUCAGCCUGCUUGACAACCUGCCGGAUGUAGAGCGGAUGACACUAUGGAAGCUCCUUGACCACUUAAAGUUGGUUGCAUCCUACCAAGACGUCAACAAGAUGACGUGUCAGAACCUGGCGGUGUGUUUCGGCCCAGUGCUGCUCAGUCAGCGCCAGGACGCCUCUUGCCACACCAACCGGGUCUUCAUCGACUCUGAGGAGCUGGCCAGCGCGCUGCACUUCAAAAAGCACAUCGAAGUCCUGCACUACCUGCUGCAGCUCUGGCCAGUUGUUGACAAACACAGCCACACCUCCUCCCACCUCCCCCUGGGCUCAUCUGACCCGCUAUCAGCACCUCCUCUACGAAGGAGAAAAGAGCGCCCCCAGGUGCUGAACUUAACUGAUUCAGAGAUUGCAGGCGUUUUACGGUCAAAAGCUGGACGCCUUGACAGCCCGAGCAACCGCUACGCUGGCGACUGGAGCGUUUGUGGUGAGAGCUACUUCCUUUCUGAUAUGCUGCUGCUGCCGCCGCCCACGAAAGAGGAAGCCGACUACGACGAUGUGCCCUCUGAGGACGAGGAGGAGGAGACGGAGAAGAUUGAAGAUACAGAGAAAGCAAACAGGCGGGUGGUCACAAGCCGUUCAUCUGAUGCGGCAGAGCAGGAACAACCUGAGAGAGAGGAGGUGGAGGACGAGGAGGAUGAGGAGCAAGAGCGGGAGGAACGGCAUGAGGAGAGCGACAGUUCGGGGAACAGUCAGCCAUUUGAGGAGGAGGAGGAGCAGCAGCGGGUGUGUGAGCACAUUCUGCCACCGCGUCUCCCCAAGGAGCACACGUAUCAGGCCUUUGUAAAGAUCCAGGACAUCAGCCCCGUGCUCAGUAACCGGGUCAACCUGAAGGACCUCCAGGAGAGCAUCGACACGCUGAUCGGAAACCUGGAGAGGGAGCUCAACAAGAACAAGCUCAACGUCGGAUACUGAAUGCUAUCGAAGCUCGCCAGCGCAGAAUGCUUCAGGAUACAGCCGCGGUGUUUCCACAGAGAUCCUGUGACAUCACUGCAGCAGUACGGUGCACGGUACUGUUGUUAAAAAAACAAACAAAAAAACCUGUAAAGGAUGUGAUGAGAAGAAACGUAACAGGGCACUUCUGGAGUUUGUGUUAUUUUGAAACUUACCCGCAGACAUUCCUCAAAGUUUAUUUUUAAUCAACUGCCUUACUGUACGUGCGUUUAUUUUGGUUCGAUUCCAUGUUGUUGUUGUUGUUGUUUCUCUUCUUAUUAGAAGAACCCAUUGACCCCUCCGGGGUUUAAGAGGUGCCUUACUUGUGUGAAGGUGGUACUGCAAGAGGAAAGUCAACCCUGAAACAUAACGCGUCUCCUCCUACGAUCUUAACCCUGCGUCAGCUCACAGACGGCAAAACGUGUCUGAUGGCACAAAACUCAUGAUCCAAAGCUGGUGUUGGUAUCAAAAUAAGCUUCAUUAUGUGUUGUUUUUAGCAGGUAUGAGCAAAGCCAGGUCAGGUCAAGUCUGGGAGCAUACACUGGUGCCACACAUUCCCGCAUCCACCUCACCACAGAACUGGUUCGGGUCCUAGAUAGCAUCCACCCAAACACACAACCAGUCCAUCCUCAUCUCUAGAAAGGAACCAUCUGUGCUACAGCCAGGUGAAACGUGAUCAUCCCUUUGACCUUCUCCAGCUACUGCUGUUUUAAACACUGAGGCUCCUGUGUGAUGAAUCAUUCAGAGACAAACAUGUUCGUCAUGUCGUAGCUGAUGUUUCCUUAUGGCGCAAGUGAAGUAGCCUGUAAUAGCCCUUCAUUUUCACACAAACUCAUUCCAGCAAUACCCAAGGAUCCUCCAAAGAGACCUAGUAUCAAAGACAUCUAGUCAUCAACACAGAUCGCUAGUUAACAUCAGGUCAUCCAGGUCAGAGGAACCACACAAUCAAGACAGGAAGCACCAGGACCCGGUUUCAUAAAGCAAACGUUUAGUCAACUAAACAAGAUUAGACCGUUUUCUGAAACCGGGCCUGGGACCUUCAUGUUGUGGUGCUGAUCGUGCAGAACAAAGAUGCUAUGUCAUGUGUAAAAUUACCACUCGCUCAUCAAAGAGAUACUAUAAAGACGGCGGUAUGCUUCAAAAGCAGCAAAAAUUUCAAGUCAAACAGACAUCACAAGGAGAUCAAGACCCAGCGAUUAAAGUUUUGUCGGGUGCUUUGUGCAGGAGACACACAUUGAUUUGACAGGUUGUUCCACAGUUCGACGUCCACAGGACACCUUGGAUGCAGCAGAUAAAUGGCUACAUUCAGGAGAUCAAGAUGCUGCUUAGAUGUUCCUCGUAAGAUGCCGGUUGAGACCCAAAGUGGUUCUGUGAGGUGGUGAAUGUGGUAAUUCACAGCAUCAACACAACUCCUCCCUCAGCGGUCACAUGACGUGAGCCAGCCGGCAUGGAUCAAAGUUUCUCCUUAUUUUCUUCCUGCUCCUGCUGGAGUAACAGGCUGCUUUCUACAACAAAAGAUUUCCAGUUUUACCUACAGAUAUCUACAGUUAGGUCAUUGUCGGCAGCAUUUUUAUUCAUUUUUUAAUUUUUCCAUUUCUAAAUUAACUUUAGCGGCGGGCAUCUUUGUCUCACUGCUGCCAUCAGACCUGGUGACUUAUUUUGUGCCACCAGUGGAGUUGCAUAAAAAAAAUGAAAUAAACUGGAUGUUUUCAGUCGGCGGCUCAUUCAUAUUUAAUUAAAUUUUAUAUAUGUUGCACCUUCAGGUAGCUUUGAAACAUGUCUUAAUAUCUAUUUGCUCAUCAGAGAAAAUGUGAUUUGUUUAAAGUGAAAAAUGAUCAAAAAGGUGGUGAUCUAAAUUGUGCUACUUUGUCUUAUUGCUUGUGAUUGUUUUAAAAAUAAUCAGAAAUAUUUGUGGGUCAUUUUAAAGUUUACUACAAAAUUUCAAAUCAGACAUUUUCAGUGGCAGUUUCACGAACAAACUGCAGCACCUUCAUGACCCGCACCUCGGCCCUGUGCCAAGACCAAAACAACAAAAAAAAUCUUUUUAAAAACUUUGCGUGCGCUUGGAACGUGUUGCCUGUCUAUGAGCUUUGUCAUGACAAAAAGCUGGUUCUUGAACUUCUGAAAUAAGAGAUUUAAAAAAAAAAUGAUUUGUAUAGUGUUGCGUUUCCUCCACCAACCAAAAAAUGGGGGUGUCAGUGUUUGUGUAUGUCACUGCCACUUCACAUUACUAAGGUCUUUGUGAUGUCAUAAAGCUGUAGGUCUUGAAAUGGCAGAACCACAUUGUGGUCUGGCAGCAGAUCCUUAUUGAACUGCGUUGUUGCAAGAACCAGUUUCUGGGUCCUACACAGAACAUGAACACGGGGAGCGAGUGUGCGUUCUGUCUGAGGGUGGGCGUUUCCUCUUUAAGGCAGCAGAGAGCUUUUCUUUACUGAGGUAUGAAACACUAAAUGUUGUACAACAAUAAUGCACUUAGGAGGUGUGUAGUGGUGCAGAUCGUCAACGCCUUGAACGCCACAACAGCAUGGCGCUGUGCUGAACUAACGGGAGUCACCGAGCCCACCGAAAGAUCCUGUUACCGAGAACCACGGGUGGAUCUGAGUUGAACAGCUCGGCGAUCUUCCACCUUGUGAAACACCUGCCUGAACUGGAUGUGUGGUUACAGCCUAAUUACAUGCUUAUCUGUGCGCACAGAAAGGUGAACAAUAGAGAUGCAUCUGAUCCUAAAGCAGGUGACAAAAAUUUGUUUCAUGUGGCACCAGGGGCUUAAAACCCACCUGUCACCUGCCUGCACCUCCCAGCUGUACACCCUCUGGUAAAGCAUUUGUCCGGGAAUUAGACAGAGCCAAAAUGUGAAGCACAAUUUGCAGUGGAACGCCUUAACGAGGGGUGGGGGGGGGUGGGGCUGCCUAAAUCGACAAGAGAACGUUUUCCGCAAUCCAGGGAUUCCAAAUGAUCAGUAUUUAACCUAUUUGUACAUAAUAAUGUAUUCGGAGUAUAUUAUUUUUGCAGCUUACAUUUUGAUGGUGUAUUUAAAUACUUGUGUUGACCUCAUAGUGUUGUAGCGAUAGUCACGUCCUUCUUUUCAUGCUACCUGUACGUAUGGUAAUGUGCUGGACUAAUGGUCUAACGUUGGCUGUAAAAUAUAAAGUCGUGCAGAAAACGUGACGAUAUAUAUGUAUUCUGUGUGUUUUUUUUUUUUUUAUGGUACUGAACGUUGCAUGGUCAAAAAGCUUUACUUACUUAAACUGGCUGUUUGUUCUGUUUGGUAUUUAUGUAAAUGUCCCCCCCAAGAUGGAUGGCUGCAUCGUUCCAGUGUUUCUCCAAAGGACGAAAAGGGGGAGCGUUCACAUUCAUGUUUUUUGAUUUGUUUUGUAGAAUCAACACAGCAGCACAACUCUACCAACAGUUUAUAUGUUGUGCGUCUUUUCGCGAAGGUUUUCUGUUCCCACAAUCGGUCAUAUGACCUUUUCCCCCAGUACAGAUUUUAAAAAUCAGUUCUCUUUCAUCAUCAUUAAAGCGAUACAUAAAUCUCUUCCAUUUUUAAUAGAUUUCACAGCAGUCAGAUUAUUAUUAGAGCUUGGUAAUAGUACCAGUGGGCAUGAAGGCAGUAAAGGUGAUGCCAGUUUGUCAUUUGACCCCAUUGACCUUGACCUUCACCUAAAUGAUUGACCUGCAGUUGGAAUCCACCUAAGUGUGUGCCACAUUAAGUCCACAUCAGCUUAAUUAUAAAAUUUCUGCCAAAAUACAUUCCUUAAUACCAGUUUUAGGGUAGUUUGGUAGAAAUCAGAGGACCUGGGAGGAGAAAACCAACAGAAAGGCAUAGCCUUGACCACAGUAAUUAACUCUUGGUAAAUUUGACCUUGCUGGGCAAUUGAAGAACCCACCUAUGUACAUGGGCCAAGUUUGGUGCAAAUCAAAAAGAAAAAUGUAAAUUUUGGUCAUUUCAUGGACAUUAGCUGGAGAAGCCCAUGGGGACGCCCGCUGUGCCAAGGAUGCGGCGAAGUGUGGCACCAGUGUAUAUAUCCAGACUUGACUUGGAGUGAAAAUCAUAAUUUUGUCUCCAGUGACCUUGACUGUUGCAAAAACAAACCCUUUAAGUCCAAUUCUGGGGUCAGUUUACAGUACAUGCACACAGCAAGUCUGAUGGAAACCGAAGGAGUGGAACAAAUGUCUUGGGUUUGAUGACCUCGCGUCGGUCUGCACGGUGCUGAGUGCCCAGCUAGUUAAUUCUGUUUUAUGUUUUCAAAUGUUCAAAUUAAAUAUUUCUUUAUUUAUUUGGUGCUUGUGCCAAACCCCACCCCUCUGCAUGUCACACCAUGCUGUGAGACUUUCAGCAGGGUUUUUGUCCAACCAUCUGUUUACAGGAAACACAAAAACCACCAGGUGCUUCAGUGAUGCAAACCUUUUUAGUU